UGGACGUCCUUCCCAAUAAAUAGGCGUCCCAAAUUCCAAACCGUUCUCUUUUUUUAGUUGCUAGGGGCAGGGGUAGCUCCUUUCUGAGUUUGAGACAGACUCGGAAGGAGAAAGAGAGAGAAUCAAGUCUCUGUUACCGUUUGAUUCGUUUCCUUUCGCAGACACGGCGAUGGGGCUUUCUUUUACCAAGCUUUUCAGUCGGCUGUUUGCAAAGAAGGAGAUGCGCAUCCUGAUGGUGGGUCUUGAUGCUGCCGGUAAGACUACCAUUCUGUACAAGCUCAAGCUGGGAGAGAUAGUAACCACAAUUCCUACCAUAGGAUUCAACGUGGAGACUGUGGAAUAUAAGAACAUUAGCUUUACUGUUUGGGAUGUGGGUGGCCAAGACAAGAUCCGACCCUUGUGGAGGCAUUACUUCCAGAACACGCAGGGACUUAUCUUUGUGGUUGAUAGCAACGACCGUGAUCGUGUGGUUGAAGCAAGGGAUGAGCUGCACAGGAUGUUGAAUGAGGAUGAGUUGAGGGAUGCCGUGUUGCUAGUAUUUGCAAACAAGCAAGAUCUUCCGAAUGCAAUGAAUGCUGCUGAGAUAACUGAUAAGCUUGGUCUUCACUCUUUGCGCCAACGCCAUUGGUACAUCCAGAGUACAUGUGCCACUUCUGGUGAAGGGCUGUAUGAGGGACUGGACUGGCUUUCGAAUAAUAUUGCAAACAAGGCAUAGAAAUCUCAGAUUGGAGUUGGGGGCAACCUAUUUCCAUAAUUAGAGACUACCAUAUCUUUGGUGUUUUGGAUUUUCUACACUGUUACUCUGUUUCGGAUUAGUUAUGUAUGUGUUUUGUUUUAAUGUGUUUUUUUAUUCGUAACAAGGAAAUAAACAUUUACAUGUGAUAUCGUUUUCAUCUUUUUUUGGUUCUUUCUUUCAUGUUUAAGUUAUAUCAUUUCAUUCUUGUUAGGCCGAGAACCCUAAUCAUUCUUGUUAUAUCAUUUGUAUUACGAUGAUAUUUGUGUGUUGUAAUGGCAAUCAACUGUCAGACUAUCAAA